UCGCCCCCUUAGCAACACAAACGUUACUUAUCAACUGACACUGUCUACCGAUUACAAGCUUUUUAUCCAAAUAACCCCAACGGAUCGGCAACUCAUUGCAAGAAAAUGAUUCCAGAGUUGUCCAACCGCUCUGUGUGUAUGAGGGACCCUCAGAGGGUGCAGGAGAUCCUGCAGUCCAUGGUAAAGGCUGGCUCCAACACCGUGCAGGUGAUAUCAGAUUUCGACAUGACCCUGACAAGAUUUGCAUACAAUGGCAAAAGGUGCCCUACCUGUCACAAUAUCCUUGACAACAGCAAGCUCAUCUCCAAUGAAUGCAAAGAAGAGCUGAAGGAGCUGCUCAACACAUACUACCCUAUAGAGAUUGACUCUUCACGGUCUAUAGAAGAAAAACUGCCUCUUAUGGUGGAGUGGUGGACUAAAGCUCAUGAACUACUUGUACAGCAGAAGAUUAAGAAAGAACUGCUGGCCACAGUGGUGCGGGAGUCUGAUGCCAUGCUGAGGGAUGGAUACGAGCUCCUCUUUAACCACCUGUAUGAGCACAGCAUCCCUCUGCUCAUCUUCUCUGCUGGAAUUGGAGACAUCCUUGAAGAGGUUAUUCGCCAGGCUGGAGUCUUCCACCCGAACGUCAAAGUCUUCUCCAACUACAUGGACUUUGAUGAGUCUGGAGUGUUGAGGGCUUUCAAGGGAGAGCUGAUACACAUCUACAAUAAAAGGGAAGGUGCGCUGCUCAAUACUGGCCAUUUCCAGGAGCUGCGAACACGACCUAAUGUGCUGCUUCUGGGAGACUCACUGGGUGAUCUGACGAUGGCUGAUGGGGUGCAGGACAUGGAAAACAUCCUCAAGAUUGGGUUCCUCAAUGACAAGGUAGAGGAGAGGAAGCAGUCUUACUUGGACUCGUAUGACAUUGUCUUGGUAAAAGAUGAGACCUUGGAAGUCCCAAAUGCCAUACUGCUCUACCUUACUGGCAAUAAAUGAACUAAGAAUUGAGAACACCACUGGCCAUUUGGUAUUGAACACUCCAGUGCCAUCAGCUGAGGAGGGCCCUUCCUCAGAAAGUGUCAGUUGAAGAUUGAAGAAGAUAUCUACAAGUAAUUACGAAUGUUUUUAUAAUUUUCCAUUUUACAAAACAAUUAUUCACAAGUCGAUUAGAAAGCAGCAGCAGUGACACUAUGUCACCCUUUUAUAUUUUUGUCCACUGGCCUUUCUCUCAUGUUUAUGGUUAAGCUGCUUUUGAAACAUACUGUAUGUAACGGAAGCCAGAUUUGCAUCGUCUAGUUACUGUGCGCCUUGAAAAGAGUAUUUGUGUGGUUAAGGAUUUUUUUUUUAAUUUGUUGAGGGAGAGAUUGCUCAUGUCAGAAAGUUUUGGUCUCAUAUUCUCCAGGAUGUAAAGACAAAGGGAAAGAAAAGUGCACAAAAUAAAUGGCAGCAUUUGACUCUGCAUGUGGUUUGAAAAUUAAUUCCAGAUUCUUAAAAUAAAACUCCUUUCCAGGUAAUUUUAACAUGAAAUUUGACGCUUUUAAAAAGUUUCUUACAGUGUCAAGUCUUUUCUGGGCAUAUUGUCAAGCGUACAGUACAAGUUGUAUUUUUUUAUGACAACUAUUGGGUUUUUUGUGUCACCAGUGCUACUAAGUGGUUAAAUAUAACUACUACUACUACACAAGAUUUCAAAACUGAAAUGUUUAAGAGAAAAUUACGGUAUGGCAGAGGUCAAAUUAUUUGUAAGCACUAACUGCUACCUCAGAAGUGUUACAUUAUCACAAGGAAAAAUUAACACAUGAUUUCACCUUUAGUCAUUUUAACUGUAUGGUUUUGAAAAAGUCUGUUACUUUCUGCACUGCAAUAAACAAGAGUUUCAUAAAAUGUAAUAACUACAGGCAAACAUCAAUAUCCAUAAAUGACAGAUUCAUUGUGUGUCAUUCAUGGACGUGCAGUCAGUCAUGCUUUUUUUUUCCUCGGUUUUAAUCCAAACUCAUUACCUCUUUAUAUGUUCCAACUUGUCUGAAAUAAAAUGUGGCUCAAUCA